UCACAACCAAAACAAUAAGCACCGAAAUGGUUCAUUCCUAUCCUUAAUAACCACGUAGUAAUCACCGCUCCCCAUUUUACUAACGUAGUCCUCUCCGUUAAUCUCCCUUCAAAUCGGGAUCCACAUCCUAACCGCCGAAUUGCCGAGUCAUCAGCAACAACCUAACCGACUUUUUUUCCAUAGUUACCUUGUCCCUCAAGAAACUAAAGAGAUAGGAAUAUUAGGUUUCCGUUUCCUCACUGUAUAUAUAACACGUCCAUCAAUCUCCGUCACACAGCCGUCUCCUGACGUCCUCAUUGCCGUUCUAGGGUUUUCAACCAAGAAAAAGGCACGUAUCUAUCAUGGCGGAAGAGAUCAGGGAGCCGAGGAAACCCAAAACGAGCCACGACGCCGUCCAACAAAACGGAGUGAAGACGACGGCAAAUAUUGACAUUCCCGAGGAAGUUUUCCUCCACGUCAUCUCCUUCCUCGACACCAAAUCCCUAGUCCGAACCAGCGUCCUCUGCAAGCGAUGGCGGGCGCUGUGGAAACAAACAUUCUCCCUCCAUUUCCGCUGUCGCAGCUACAUGCCCAGCAGCAGGCCGGAUGUCGAGAAGCUCCUCCUCUCCAUCCGCCGCUCCGGCCGCCGCGCCGCCGUGCCCGGCACCCUCAGUUUCGAGCUCGCCGCCGAAAGCGGCUGCCGAUGGGAGUGGGAUCCCGCCGUGUUCGAUCUCGUGAUGCGAUACUACGAGGACGCCGCCGCCGGCGGCGGCGGCGGCGGGCUCCGGGUUCUGUCCGUAGCUCCGGGGCCGCUCAGGGAGGAUUUCGAUCGCCUGGCGGGGUCCAUCGCCGGCGGCCAGAAGAAGUCCCUCGGGACUCUCCGGCUGUCGAGGUGGUUUUUUCGGGGUCGGUUCGCGCUCGUAGGGUUUGCUUCGCUGGCGAAUCUCGAGCUGAGCGACUGCUCUUUCUACGGCGAUUCUCGUGGUUCGACGACGACGAUAGAGCUUCCGUUCGCGGAGGUUCGGAGCUUGAGGAGGCUGAAGCUGCUCGAUUGCUGGUCGAGGGAUCGAGUCGUGGUGUUGUUGCCGCGGGUGGUGGACCUGGAGAUUCGGAAUCGGUCCUUCUGGAGUUUCAGGAUCGACGAAUUGUUGGCUCCAAAGGUCGAAUCGUUUGCGUUUUCAGGUCACGUGCGUGACCUGAGCGGCGGUUGGCGGCGAGGAGGAGGACGCCGUUACGUCCUCCCUUCGCUUCGCCGCGCCGUCGUCCGCCUCGUCUGGGUGGAGCCCGAGGACGGGGACGACGACGAGAAGAUGGCGAGGAUGGAUCGUGCGUUCGUGUCGUUGUUGCGCGGCACGCGCAGUGCGAAGUCUCUCGAUUUGUGUUUUGACAAGGUACCGUUUAAAUGUGGGUUUAGACUUUUUUGAAAAAUUAGAUUUUUUUACAGAAACAUAUGAACUAAUAUUCCGUAUGUUCGUUUGCUUUUUGUUGUGUUUAUUUUCUUAUCAGUGUGAAAGCAUGACGAGAUGGACAAAACGACUCUACUCAUCGAUCAACAAAAUAAAACCACUGGUUCUGGGAGAAAAUUCUCCUUUUAUUGCAUUGAAGACCUUGAAGGUUCAAUAUCCACAAGGACCGUCAUGUAACCGAUAUCAAGUAAUCCGUUACACCCGUUCAAAAGACGGUACGGGUUUUGUUAAAGAAAAAUAUGUAACAGAAGAUUUUUGUUAAGUUGUAUACCAUAUUGAGUUUUGGUAGUUGUUUUUUUUUUUUUUUUUUUGUGUUGAAGGCAUGUAACUAUUGAUUGUAGAUACUGAAUAUUCGCAAUAGAUUGUUUAAUGAGGUGCAUGGUUUGUUGUUUGCUGAUACUGUCGUAAACCAGCUCAAUUAAGUGGUGGUGUUUUAGACGGUCAUGGUUGCAUACAAAAAGUCAAAAGAACCUUUGACCAAGUAAUGGGUUGAAUGGAGUUCCUUACUAUUUGUGAUCAUAAAUUGGUCAACUCAUAUUGUAUUGUACUUGAGUAACUGAGAUAUUAGUUGUUAGUGCAGGAAAAUAGACAGGAUGGUUUGGAAAUUUUGUGGAACAAAUCAUAUACCAUAUAGUUUGGUAGGGCUCGUAGUUUAUUGCAUCAGAACGUGUACCCAACUCACUUUUUUGGUUUGGGUUAGCAGUCUAAUCGAGCACUCUCCUUAUUCCCCAACGAGUAGUAUGGCAUAUUGAAGUUUUGAACCUGUCCCGUGGGUAUUAUCAGACCUGAUCUGUGAUUGGCUGAGUAUUACCCGACUUGCACUAGUAUGGGGCGGGACAUGGGUACCUAUUCAUAUUUUUCUUCUAUUUUGACUUUUCUUCAACUAGUUAGAGUCGAUCUUUCAACAUUUUAGACUCAAUUGCCCAUUCUAUUAUCACUAUUUUUCAUUCAUAAAAUGUUUUCCCCUUCAUUAUAUCAUAAAAAGUAAAAUUUGUG